GUGGAGGAAAGAAAAAAAGACAGGAAGGAGGCGAGAGGCUGGCUCAGCUGCGUAGCUCCAAACCGAAAGAUCUUCCCUGAGUGGCCGCUUUGGGGAGCUUGGAGCUCCGCAGGAGACGCGGGGAGAAAGUGGACCUUUUUCCGCAACGCGUCGUGGGAAGCCGAGCGGCAUGCAGAGUGAGGACGCUCCUCUCGACGAAGGAUUCCCUCAAGCGAAACCUGUGGAUUUAUUUUCGGGGGAGGCUUUUUGAAGACUCGCAGGCGGACGUGUUUUGCGACGGCGGACGUUGAAAGACUUGGGCUGUCAUCUCUUUUACUGAAAGGCGAACACAUCCCUGCCUGUUGGCAGACAGUCGGUCUCUCCUGGGAAGAUGGGUUCCGAAAAGGACUCGGAGUCGCCGCACUCCUCGCUGAGCGGCGUCCCCAACCCAAAGUGCCGCGCGGCGGGUAAACGCCAGCGUCGCAUCUCCUUCCAGAGCCUCUUCAACGGCAAGCGGGGCUCCCGGGGCACCAGGGGCCCCAAAGGGGGGGCCGCCACCACUACCCCUCUGUCCCACCAUCUCUACACGUCGCAGCAGCAGCAGCAGCUUCUACCGUCUGCCUUGAGCCCGCCGCCGGUUCCGGCCACACCCUCCACCACCACUGGAGCUCCCCAGGAAGGCGCCAGCAGUACCCCUCCCAGGGAACUCUCCUCCAGCCAGCCGUCCCUGAGCGGCGAGGCUCAGUCGGGGGAGGCCGACCUCCUGGAGUGCCCCCUGUGCCUGGUGCGCCAGCCCGCCGACCAGCUCCCCGAGCUGCUGGGCUGCAGCCACCGAUCCUGCCUGUGCUGCCUGCGCCAGUACCUCCGCAUCGAGAUCACAGAGAGCCGGGUCCAGCUCAGCUGCCCCGAGUGCGCCGAGCGCCUGGUGCCCCGGCAGGUGGCCGACAUCCUGGAUGACGCCGCCCUGCUGGACAAGUACGAGGAGUUCCUUUUGCGGCGCUGCCUCGCCUCCGAUCCCGACUGCAGAUGGUGUCCGGCGCCGGACUGCGGGUUCGCCGUCAUCGCCUCGGGCUGCGCCAGCUGUCCCCGGCUGGUGUGCCGCAGAGAGGGCUGCGGCGCCGAGUUCUGCUACCACUGCAAGCAGGCCUGGCACCCCAACCAGACCUGCGACUCGGCGCGCCAGCAGAGGGCGCAGUCCCUGCACACGCACAGCAACCACUCGCCCAGCUACACGCAAGAGCAGGGCGCCGCUGACGACAUCAAGCCGUGCCCCCGCUGCGGCGCCUACAUCAUCAAGAUGAACGACGGCAGCUGCAACCACAUGACGUGCGCCGUGUGCGGCUGCGAGUUCUGCUGGCUGUGCAUGAAGGAGAUCUCCGACCUGCAUUACCUCAGUCCGUCUGGCUGCACCUUCUGGGGCAAGAAGCCGUGGAGCAGGAAGAAGAAGAUCCUGUGGCAGCUCGGGACCCUCAUCGGCGCCCCGGUGGGCAUCACGCUCAUCGCGGGCAUCGCCGUCCCCGCCAUGGUCAUCGGCAUCCCGGUUUAUGUCGGCCGCAAGAUCCACGCUCACUACGAGCUGAAGAAAGCGUCUCGCCACAGGAGGAACUUGGCCAUCACGGCGGGCGUGGCCUUGUCCGUCCUUUCCGCUCCCGUCAUCGCGGCCGUCAGCGUGGGCAUCGGCGUGCCCAUCAUGCUGGCGUACGUUUACGGCGUGGUGCCCAUCUCUCUGUGCCGAGGCGGCGGCUGCGGCGUGAGCAGAGGGAAGGGGCGGGGCGUACGCAUUGACUUUGAUGAGGACGACGGACCAAUCACAGUGGCAGACGCGUGGCGAGCCCUCAAGUCGCCGAGCCUCGGCGAGAGCAGCCUGGACGGGGCGGUUAGCGGCCUGAGCACCACCUCGCCCAGCGAGGGCCUCUCUGUGGUCCCGGGGACCGUCGGGGACACGCCUCACUUUAACACCCUGGCCAGCGGCGCCCUGGGGACCCGCACCGGCAAGUACAGCAGGCUGGAGGUCCAGGCCGGCGAGCUGGCUAAAGAGUCCGCCCAGAAGGAGACGGGGAGCCUGGGGGCAGGAAGUGACUGUGCCAGCACCCGAGGGAUGGCCGGGUCCAUCAUCUCCUCCUACACGCUGCCUGACAGGGAAUGCACCAACCUGGAAAUCCAGGUGGACAUCGAGACCAAACCCAGCCAUCUCUGCCUGACCAGCGAGGAGGACCUGGCGCCGCCCGCCGGCUCCGUCGCCACGCCGGCCGCCUCGGCAGGGGAGGAGCCCCUGGACUGCAGCUCGAGAAGGGGCGGGGCUCUGUCCGGCUCCGCCCUGGAACUGUCCUGCGGCGGCUCCAUCCGGGAGGGCCUCCGAGACGUGACGCUGGCCCAGCCCGAGAGCAUCCGCAGCGACCUGGAGAUGUCGGACACGCAGUCGGACGACAUCGCCGAGCUGACCUCGGACGACUGCGACUCGCCCCGGCCCAAAGUCUGCGCGCCCUGCCAGCAGCGGCCCGCCUCCUGCCGAGCCCUGGGCCCCGCCACCGAAGGCCUUCACUGUCCCGCCGACGGCAACGUCAUCUUGUACGUGUGAGGAACGCAACCUCUACUCUUCUUUACUCUCAUUCGCUGCUUUUUGGCCUCCUGCAGACGCCAUCUUGUGUCUGUCUACCUGACAAGCUGGGGACAUUGUCAGAGUUCUACCUCUGAGAUUUAUAAGACUGUGUUUACUCGCCUGGCGCAACAUGCCUAAGCUACUUUAAAAAAAAAAAAAAAGAGAGGAGAGGCGACAGAUCACAUGACGCGAGAAUGAUGGCCUUUGCGUGCGUGGUGGGUCUUUUUCUACGGAGCUCAAUUCGUGCACUACAUUUGAAUUUCGUUUUUCAUCCAAUUAUGCCGACAAUUUCAUCACAUUUUCAUUCUCUCUAGUUUCAUAAUGUAAUUUAAUUUUCUGCAAGUGGUUCUUGAGUUUUGAGGCAACCAAUAUUUCUGCACUGAAUUUUGACUAAAUCAAACAAUUUCAUGAAAUGUAAAAAUUGUCAGCAAAAUCGGAGUGUUUAAAAAAUCACUUUGUUCAAAUUAAUUGUAUGAAAAUUCAGCGCAGAAAUAUUCUCUCUAAACCAGGGGUCCCCAAACGUUUUGACUCGGGGGCUGCAUUGGGUUAAAAAAUAAACCACAGGCUAUUUCAUCCCUUCAAGCCUGUUUCGCAGGUUCUUCAGGGAAACACCCCCUGAAUAUCUCCUUCUCACCCCGGUGGGGUGGUAUCUGUGUCGUCCUCCAGCUCGGGUCCUCUACCAGAGUCCUGGGAGUUUGAGGGUUCUGCUCAGUAUCUUGGCUGUUCCUAGGACUGCGCUCUUCUGGACUGAGGCUUCAGAUGUUGUUCCUUGGAUCUGUUUGAUUGAUUGAUUGAAACUUUUAUUAGUAGAUUGCACAGUGAAGUACAUAUUCCGUACAAUUGACCACUAAAUGGUAACACCCGAAUAAGUUUUUCAACUUGUUUAAGUCGGGGUCCACUGUUGGAGCCACUCUCCCAGUUUGAGCGCCCCCACUACCACGGGGACCACGCCAGCCUUGACCUUCCACAUCCGUUCCAGCUGCUCUUUCAACCCUUGGUACUUCUCAAAUUCUCAUGUUCCUUCUUCCUGAUAUUGGCGUCAGCUGGGAUUGCCACAUCCUAUCACCACCACCCUUUCCUGCUCUUUGUCCACCACCACUAUGUCUGGUUGGUUAGCCAGAAGCUGUUUGUCAGUCUGGAAGCUGAAGUCCCACAGAACCUUGGGUCUGUUGUUCUCAGCCACCUUCUGUGGUAUGGCCCAUUGGGAUUUGGGUACUUCUAUUCCAUACUGGUUGCAGAUGUUCCUGUAUACUAUCCCAGCCACUUGGUUGUGCCUCUCCAUGUACGCUGAUCCAGCUAGCAUCUUACAGCCUGCUACUAUGUGCUGGACUGUCUCAGGGGCUUCUUUGCACAGUCUACAUCUUGGGUCUGAUCUACUCUGGUAGAUCCUGGCCUCUAUGGCUUUUGUGCUUAUGGCCUGUUCUUGUGCUGCCAUGAUUAGUGCCUCUGUGCUGUCUGCCAGUCCUGCAUUUUCCAGCCACUGGUAGGAUUUCUUGAUAUCAGCCACUUCCUCUAUCUGACGGUGGUACGUGCCAUGUAGGGGCUUGUCCGUCCAGGUUGUCUGCUCCUCCUCCUCUGCACUCUCAUCAGGGUUCUGAUGCCUCAGAUAUUCACUUAGCAGUUCAUCCUUCGGGGCCAUUUUUUUCUAUGUAUUCUCGAAUUUUCCAUGUUUCAUCCUGGACUGUGGCCUUGACGCUCACUAGCCCUCGACCGCCGUCUUUUUGCUUAGUGUAUAGCCUCAGGGUGCUGGACUUGGGGUGGAACCCUCCGCGCAUGGUGAGGAGCUUUCUUGUCUUGAUAUCUGUGGCUUCUAUUUCCUCCUUUGGCCAGUUUAUGAUACCAGCGGGGUAUCUGAUGACUGGUAGUGCGUACAUGUUGAUGGCGAGGACUUUGUUCUUACCAUUCAGCUGACUUUUCAGGACCUGCCUUACUCUCUGGAGGUAUUUGGCUUUGGUUGACUUCCUUGUGGCCUCUUCAUGGUUUCCAUUAGCCUGUGGGAUGCCAUGGCACUUGUAGCUUUCUUGGAUAUCACCUAUGUUUCCCUCUGGUAGGUCAAUCCCCUCAGUCCCGAUCAUCUUGCCUCUCUUUAAGACCAUCCGGAUACACUUGUCCAAUCCGAAUGACAUCCCUAUGUCAUCGCUGUAGAUCCUGGUGGUGUGGAUCAGUGAGUCUAUUUCUCGCUGGCUCCUGGCAUACAGCUUGAUGUCAUCCAUGUAGAGCAGGUGGCUGAUUGUUGCCCCACUACAGAAUCGGUACUCGAAGCCGCUCUUCAUAAUGAUCUGACUGAAGGGGUUCAGGCCUAUGCGGAACAGCAAUGGUGAUAGCGCAUCUCCUUGGUAUAUGCCGCACUUGAUGUUGACUUGGGCAAUCGGCUUUGAAUUGGCCUCUAGGGUUGUCUUCCACAUUUCCAUCGAGUUCUGGAUGAAGGCCCUUAGGUUCCUGUUGAUCUUAUACAGUUCCAGACUUUCCAGUAUCCAUGUGUGCGGCAUUGAGUCGUAGGCUUUCUUGUAGUCAGUCCAGUCAGUGCACAGGUUGGUCUGUCUCUUCUUAUGUGGAAGACAACCCUAGAGGCCAAUUCAAAACCGAUUGCCCAUAUAUAUAUAUAUAUAUAUAGAGGUUAUUUCAUCCCUACAAGACCUGCUCUUCAGGGGAUUUUUCCCUGAAGAGCAGGGAAACCUGCGACACAAUCUUGUAGGGAUGAAAUAUGUUUGUUUGUUUUUUAACUUGAGUAUUUUGGACGCUGGCGGGCUGUAUCCAGCCCACUGGCCGUAGUUUGGGGACCCCUGCUCUAGACCCGGUAAAUGAAGUGAAAUUAAAAAUGUAACGAAAUUGUCUGCAUAAUUUAAUGUAACAAAAAAAUGUGGUAAAGACACAAAAUAACCUCCAUAUCUGUUUGCCGUGCGGGAGCUUUACAGGAUUGCGUGCAUGUUCAAGUUGACAGAAUAUAGGCGGGGGGGAGGACGUCAACAAAGCAAAACUAUCACUCGUUAGAAAGAAAGUAGGGGGACUAAUCAAUUCAGAAUCCAUUCUCGAUUCAAACCGAUUCCGAGUAUUUUAUGGUAAAAUAAUUAUACUGACACGUUUUCAAAAAAAGUUACAGGUAAGGAAAGCUUCUUCUGGUUGAUUGGAUAUGGCCUAAAAGUUUUUAUUUUUAUUUGAUUUUUAAAAAUUAUGACUCGAUUUAGAAUCGGGAUGAAUAACAAUCGCGAUUCAGAUGUGAAUUGAUUUUUUUCCCACUUCGGGAGAAAUGUCAACAUACUGUCGGGAAGAUUAAUGGACAUUUACAGCAUUUAUCAUACUUUCUCUUCGAAAAUGGAUCUGAUUGAAUUUUUUUUUUUUUAAUGCGCACUUAUGCACUUUACUUAAAUGUAUCUUUUUUUGGGGGGAGGGUGGGUCUCAUCAUCGUCAUCAUCAUCAUCAUCAUUUGCAUUUCAUUUGCAUACAACCAAAAACAAGUCUCACACCACGAUGCCUUUUGUGUUGGGAGUGUUUGGCUCCACAACAACAAUAAAAGUAGGAUAGGGAAUCCAUUUUUUGGAUCCGAUUGACACGUUUAUGAUGCUUUGAAUUGAUGUGGUUUUGGAGCCAAGCACUGCUCUUAAUCAUUCUCACCGGCCCGACUUGUUUCCGUCACCUCUGUGCUUGGCUUAGAAAAAACACAAAAACAAAAGGGGUUUCCUUUCAAUCUUAAUGGAAACCGUCUUCACGUCAACAGAAACUUGGUUGCCUUUUAUAGCCGCUUGUUUCCUUUGCUGCACUUGUCCCCCGCUUCUGCUUCUGCCUGCGACUAACCACUCGAAUGUCCCGUGGACUGGAAGGGUCUCCCCCGAGGACCCGUGUCCCUGGGGGUGGGGUGGCUCGGACGGAACGAGAGUGUCUAGAUAGCAAUAUAUGGUGUGACUCAGCGGUUUGCGUACUUCCGGUCACUGUCAAAAGCCUCGCCUCGUGUGAGGACUGUGAGUUACAAUUUGCUGGGAGGGGAAAUAAACACAAUCCGAUGUUUACCAAAGGUACGUGUCGUUAUUGCAAGUAGCACUACAUUCAAUAACGCAGUGUUUUUUAACCACUGGUGUGCCGUGGGAGAUCAUG